GCUUUCGCUACUCCAUGGUCACUUACUUGAACGGUUUUUUUUAUGUGACAUAGCAGGCAAAUAUUGUUUGAAUGAGUGCAGUUGAGUUCUAUAGCCGAUGCAGUACGGAACAUCCAAAAAUCAUUUCAUCAUUUUCACCUAAUAUCAAAAUGUGUUUGAAUUGUUUUGGAUUUGAAAUAUCGAGAGACAUUCAAAAACCCGAACCGAACUGAAAAACCAAAUCAAAUAAUCAACCAAACAAACAAAGAAAAAUUACUCCGCCAAAAACCUAUUCUGACAUCAAGUAGUUUCCAAACGACGGGGAAAAAAAAGUAGAAAAUUGUAUCCCGUGACUUUUGUACGUUUUGAAAUUUCGGUGUACAUUUUCCCUCCUCCGUAUGUGAAGUAGUGCGUAUUUGUGAAUGGCAUUCCGACGACAAACGAACGAAUGAAAGAAUAAAGAAAAAAAGAGACAAAAAAUUAUAUUCCCAACCUCCGCUCACAUUUGGAUGGAAUAUUUUGAUUAUUAUUGAGUUUGUUGUCGCCUUCGUCAAUAAAAUUCAAAAUACAAAACAACCAAAUCGAUAAAUGUACGGAACGGGAUAACGCAAAGAACCAUACAAAUAUUCGAAAACGAAGACGAGAGAAAAAUAAAAAUAAAAAAAUAAUAAAGUAAAUAGCAAACAUGAAAGAAUGUAAGAAGAGAAAAUAUCCGAAUCGAGAAAACGAAGAAAAAUCUCCCAAGGAUUUUAGUGGAUUUCGGUAGAUUACGAGAACCAAUAGAAUUUUGGUGGUGGUGUGUGCGUCGUUUGUGUCUCUGCGUGUAUGUGUCUGUGUCUGUGUGUGUGUAUUAAAAAAAAACAAGUCUGUCGACAUCGCGAAAUAAGACGUCUUUGAGCGAAUUUUGUUUUCUUGUUUGUGUAUUUGUACAUGCGUGCGAGUAUGUUACAUGACAACAACCACCGUGUGUUCGUAUCGUAAAUGUCAUAAAUAGCAAUUUUAUGUGGAUCCGUAUCACAUAUAUACACUCUAUCGAACAACACCGUACACAACAAUCGAAAAAAAAUAAUAAUUGUAUUGAAACGAACGAACGAACAAACGAACGAACAAACGAAGGAACGAACGUUCGAACGGAAUAAGCACAACAGAAUCAGAAGACAACAGUAACAACAACAACAACAACAAUAACAACAAAAAAAAUCCAGUAGAAUAUUAAAUAAAUAUCUGCACACAAUUCUGUUUUUCUGCUGAUAAUGUUCGAUGACGUGGUAUAUAUAUGUACACGAACGCAUGAAAUUCUAAAACCGAUCAACGAGAUGAAAUCCGUUCAAUACAUUUGAAAUUACAACCUUCGACAUUUACAGUUGAUGAAGGGAAAUUUUAAAAAUAAACAUUUAAACAUCGUAGAAUAAAAAAAACAACAACAAACAAAAGAAUCGACAAACGCGACAGAGAAAUCAAGCAAACAAACGCGUUUUUUCUUGAGCUCAGUGUAAUUGUUUGGCAAAAUCAUAAGAACGGAUGCCAUUGGAGAAAAAUGGCACGACGAAUGUGAUUUGUGACAUCAGUGUUCAUUCGAUCACUGACGAAAAUCAAACACACACAUACACACACACGACCAUUAAUUUGAACAAUUUUUGAAAUUGAUAAAAUUUAGAUUGAACAAAGAAAAAAUGACUACGAACCAGCAAAUUAUCAAACAUUCCAUACAAUUGACUGUCGAACGUGCCACCAUUUCACUGGCUAUGCCUUACAAUUAUUAAGAUACAAAUGGAAAAUUAAAGAAAAAAAAAGAAAGAAAAUAGUGAGAAAAAAACACCAACGGCGGCACAAGGAACGAACAAGAAGCAUCAAAAAUACCAACAGACACAAUCAACUCAAUCAAUUCCAAUGAUAUAUGGAAAGGGAAAAAUGGCGCUCAAGUGCAACAAUCUGAUGGUGCAGACAAAUCGACUCAACCAUUCGGUGGACUCAAAGAACGGCAGUGAUUGCAAAAUGAUUAAUCGCAACAACAACAACAAACCAAUCACACACAACAGCAACAACAAUAAUAGUCAAAAUGUUACAAAUAAUCAUAGUAAACAAUUGAUUAGUUCAAACAAGUGUCAAAAAACAAUGUUGAAUACCGUUUUACAAUUAACGCAUAAUUGUCGAUAUGUAAACACAGCUGCCAUUUUAUUAAUUACAUUAAAUAUACUAGUAUCGUUGAGUCCAUGCAAUGCCUUCCUAUUGGAUGGUUCACAAAAUUCAUUUGCCCAAUUUCGCAAAUGGUACACUGGUUUGAAUGGUUCCUUAGAAUUUGAAUUCAAAACCGAACAGCCCAACGGCUUGGUAUUGUACACCGAUGACGGUGGCACAUUCGAUUUCUUCGAAAUUAAAUUGGUCGAGGGAGCGGUGCGGUUGCGAUACAAUCUUGGCGGCGGUGCAAAUAUCAUCACUGUUGGCAGAGAGUUGCAUGACGGGCACUGGCACAAAGUGCAGAUUCAACGAAACGACGAACAUACAACACUAACCGUCGAUGGUGUCUCACAAACACGAACGUCACGUGGAAAAGAGUUUCAUUUUGGGAAAUUCGCUACGAAUUCAGAUGUAUUCGUAGGAGGAAUGCCAAAUUGGUGAGUAAAUUGUAUUGAAUCCCAUAAUAAAUUGAC